UAUUUUCAUUAGGUGAUUCGUUUAAGAAAUCUAAAAAUCGCUUUCUUUGUUUAGAACGUAAAAUGCAGGCAUCACCUAAAUUAAAGGAGGCGUAUGAUAACGUGAUUAGUGAAUAUUUAAAUAAGGGUUAUAUUUCUCCCGCUCCUCUAGACACUGAAGAAACUCGGAAUUUACCCUCAUAUACAAUACCUCACCAUGGUAUAAUAAGAGAAGAUAAACUUACUUCUAAAUUACGCAUCGUCCUGGACGGUAGUUCAAAGUCCAGUUCCCAAAUCUCGCUUAAUGACAUUUUAUAUAAUGGGCAAAAUCUGCAAGGAAACUUAUUUCAUAUUAUUGUUAAUUUUCGCUUAUUUCGUAUCGCUCUCUCCGCUGACAUUCGUCAAAUGUUUCUUUGCAUUGGAGUUCGGCCAUGUGACCGAAGGUUCCAACGCAUUCUGUAUCGCUUUUCGCCGCAAGAACCCUUGAAGGUUUAUGAAUUUAACCGCGUUUGUUUCGGACUGAAGUCUAGCCCGUUUCACGCUCUUCGUACCAUAAAGCAACUAGUUUUGGAUGAAGGUGCUUCUUAUCCGCGAGCACAGCAAACAGUCAACACUGGUUUGUAUAUGGACGAUUUUGUCUACAGCAUUGACAACGAAGAUGAGGCUAUUUCCACCGCUGCGGAAGUAAUCGCUUUGAUGAAAGCCGGACAAUUUGAUCUUGUUAAAUGGACAAGCAAUUCACAAAGAGUCUUGGAUUCUAUUACGCCGUCGCAUCGUCUCUCUGCUGUAAAGGAGUUUGAUGACUCUGAUUCGCAUAAGGUACUAGGACUAUGCUGGUCACCCGCAACAGAUAAUUUUAGUGUUAAAAUCUGUACAACCGCUGAAUCAUGUACAAAGCGUACUAUUCUGUCGUGUGUCGCUAGGAUAUGGGACGUCAUGGGAUUUGUUGCACCAGUGGUCUUAUACGCAAAACUUCUCAUAAAACAACUUUGGUUGUGUGAAUGUGAUUGGGAUGAUAUACCACCCGACCACAUCAUUCAACAGUGGUCCCGUUUUAAGGAGGAACUUCCUCUUCUUGGAAAAAUUAAAAUUCCACGACAUGUUGGCAUCGCGUCCGGUGAUGUUGUAACCGUUGUGGGCUUCGCGGACGCAAGUGAAAGGGCCUACGGAGGAGUUGUGUACUUUCAUGUAAGAGACAGUCAAGGUCUUCGCAAAAACUCAUUUAGUCUGAUAAGCGCUAAAUCUAAAGUGUCACCUCGUAAGGUGGUUUCGCUAGCACGUCUCGAGCUUUGUGCAAUAUUAGUCUUAAGCAACUUAAUUGCUAAUGUAAUUAAUGCUUGUAACAAUCGCAUUAAUAUAGAUCGUGUUUUCGCAUUCUCAGACUCGACUGUAGCUCUUUGUUGGGUGCAUUCUUCGCCCCAUCGUUGGGAUACUUUCGUUGCUAAUAGAGUCUCUAAGAUUCAGAAUGAAUUUCCACCGCAAACAUUUUAUCACAUCGCUGGCCAUGAAAACCCCGCUGAUUGUUUAUCUCGUGGCCUUAGUCCCGCACAAAUCAUUGAUCAUCCGCUUUGGUUCUGCGGUCCUCAAUGGAUUCUAUCAGAUCCAAGUUUUUGGCCUGUUACGGAUUUUAAUCCAUCUACUGUGUCUCAGCCUCCAGAAGUAAAGAAGCAUGUAACUCUUUUCACUGCUGAAGACUGUGAAAAGGUUGAGAAAAGUUUUUUAAUUACGCUUGCAAAUCGUUUUUCAUCGUGGUCAAAGCUUUUACGCAUUGUCGUUUAUAUCUGUCGUUUUGUUAAAUUAUUGCCUCGGCGUAGUACUAUAAUCGCAGCGGAUUUAGAUUACGCUGAGAAUUUAAUACUGAGUGACCUUCAACGGUCCCACUUCUUCAACGAAAUCGCUAGCUUACGUACAGGCAAGCGAUGUACCCCUGCUUUUCAGCGCCUCAAGCCAUUCCUUCAGAACAAACUUCUUAGAGUCGGAGGACGGUUGAGUAAUGCUGAUAUAAAAUUUGAUAGUAAGCAUCCACUCAUACUUCCUCGGAAAGGUCAUAUUUUGAAUCUUAUAGUGGAUUACUAUCACAAAUUGAAUUGCCAUGCAGGUCCGGAGCUAUUGAUGUCCAUACUGCGUCAAAAAUAUUGGAUUUUGUCCGCUCGAAAUUUAAUUCGAAGCCGGGUUCACAAAUGUUUACCCUGUUUUCGACUCCGCGCUAAACCAAAUUUUCCUGAAAUGGCCGAUCAUCGCUCCUGCCGAGUUACACCAGUCGCUAAACCCUUCGUACAUACUGGCACUGAUUACGCGGGUCCCUUUAAAGUGAGUAGUUCGCGUGGACGCGGAAUUCGAUCGUUCAAGGCAUACGUAUGUCUUUUUGUGUGUUUAACCACCCGCGCUGUUCACAUAGAAGUUGCAGGUGAUUUGAGCACAGCUAGCUUCCUUGGAGCUUUUAAGCGUUUUCUAUCACGCCGUGGUCCCGUGGCUCGCGUGUACUCAGAUAACGGCACUAAUUACGUAGGCGCAAAGCGCACGCUUUCGGAGUUACACGACUUCUUAGUUUCAAAACACUUUAACUCUGAGUUUGGUCACGUAUUAGCUGAAACUCGCAUUGAUUGGUCAUUAAAUACUCCAGCUGCUAGUCAUUUUGGUGGCAAUUGGGAGACCAAUAUUAAGAGCCUUAAAACUCAUUUAUACCGGGUGAUAGGUGAUCAAAUUCUAACUUUCGAGGAGUUCAGCACUGUACUUGCACAGAUCGAGGCAGUGAUGAACUCGCGGCCACUGUGUCGCACGCUAUCCAAUGAUCCAUCGGAACCUCUCGCGUUAACACCCGCACACUUUUUAAACUUAACACCGCUAAAGUAUCUACCAGCUAGAGAAAUCGAAGAAGAUAGAUUACAUUUGCUUUCGCGUCAUGAGUUAGUUGACAAGCUAGUGCAAUCCUUUUGGAAGCGCUGGAAGUCUGAUUACCUUCAUACAUUGCAAAUGCGGAACAAGUGGAACACAUCAGCUAAGCCAAUUUCUAACGGCGAUGUUGUAAUAGUUAUUGUUGACAAUGCACCGCCGCUCCACUGGCCGUUAGGAAUAGUGGAGGAAGUUUUCCCUGGUUCAAACGGUGUUAUACGUGUGGUCCGCGUUCGCACGGCGUCAGGUACCUAUCUACGUCCUGUAGUACGUCUCUGUCCCCUACCUAGCGAAUAGUUACAUUUGUAUAGGUCAUUGGUUAGGUUAGUUAGUUUACAUUUGUAUAAGUCGUUAGUUAAGUUAGUUACUUUAAUAAACUUUUCUUUAGAUCGCUUUUCAUAUCGCUAUUCAUUUACUUUCUAGUUUUUCUUGAAGGCAACCCUUCAAACCCGGGGGAAUGGUUGCGCCGGAUUGUUAUUUUUAUAAUAAUUUUUGAUUUUAAAUAAUGGUUGCUCAAUACAUAUACCCAUCCUAAUAAUUCCUAGACGCAUCUCUCAUCACCCACCUAUUUUGUCCCAAUCCUAUGACGGUACUAGUUCCGGAACGGGCUAUAGGUGGCGCGCACGUCGAUGAGUCUCUAAUAAGAAUUAAUUAGUGACAAUUUUGAUGACCCGCGUUAUGGUUGAUUAUUCGCCGCACGCUCGCAACGCUUCCUUUUUCUUUUAAACAUUUAAUUUUUUAUUAUAAACUUUAACUAUACUUAAAUUCAAUUAACUUUAACUUGAUUAAGUAUAAUUUGUGAAAGUGAUUUGUUCAUUGGUGUACAACAGAGGAAAGAAGCCACUAGAAGAAGCCACGAGGUUCAAGGUACUGUGCCGACAUCCUUUCUUUCUUUUUCCCAUUGUCCAUUAUUGAGCAAUCAUAUUAGGUAUCAAUAAGAAAAAAUACAGUCCACUAUAUAACCACUUUCAAAUAUUUAGCUUAUAGGUA